GGAGCGCGGCGCGGCUGUGCGGCGCGGCGGGGCCUGCGGUCGUCAUGUCGCCGCCGCCGCCGGGCGACGCGGGCCCCGGGCCGCCGCGGACGCUGUCCCCCGCCGCGCGGCUGAGCUUCGCGGUCGGCCACUUCCUCAACGACCUGUGCGCCGGCAUGUGGUUCACCUACCUGCUGCUGUUCCUGCACUCGGUGCGCGGCUACAGCUCGCGGGGCGCCGGGCUGCUGCUGCUGCUGGGCCAGGCGGCCGACGGGCUCUGCACGCCGCUCGUGGGCUACGAGGCCGACCGCGCCGCCUGCGCGCGCUGCGGGCCCCGCAAGGCCUGGCACCUGGCGGGCACCGUCUGCGUCCUUCUGUCCUUCCCGUUCAUCUUCAGCCCAUGCCUCGGCUGCGGGGAGGCCACCCCCGAGUGGGCCGCCCUGCUCUAUUACGCACCCUUCAUCGUCAUCUUCCAGUUUGGCUGGGCUGCCACGCAGAUUGCCCACCUGAGUCUCAUCCCAGAGCUGGUGACCAGUGACCACGAGAAGGUGGAGCUCACAGCCCUCAGGUAUGCGUUCACAGUGGUGGCCAACAUCACGGUGUAUGGCGCCGCCUGGCUGCUGCUCCAUCUGCAGGGCUCCUCACAUGCUGGGCAGGACAUCAGUGUAGGUGACCAGCUGGGAGCCCAGGAUGUGCCAGUGUUUCGGAACCUGGCCCUGCUGGUGGUGGGCGUGGGAGCCAUCUUCUCGCUGCUCUUCCAUUUGGGCACCAAGGAGGGGCGGCGGCCUCGGGGGACGGAACCUGAUGAGCACAGUCCCUUGGUGGCCCCUAUGGCCCGGCCACAUCUGCUCUGGAAACACUGGCUUCGGGAGCCCGCUUUCUAUCAGGUGGGCAUGCUGUACAUGACCACGAGGCUCAUUGUGAACCUGUCUCAGACCUACAUUGCCAUGUACCUGAGUUACUCUCUCAGCCUGCCCAAGAAGUUCAUCGCCACCAUCCCUCUGGUGAUGUACUUGAGUGGCUUCAUCUCCUCCUUCCUCAUGAAGCCAGUCAACAGACGCAUAGGGAGGAAUAUGACCUACUUCACCGGGCUGCUGGUGAUCUUGGCCUUCGCAGCGUGGGUGGCCCUGGCAGAUAAGCUGGGCGUAGCCGUGUACGGGGCUGCCGUGCUGCUGGGCGCCGGCUGUGCCACCAUUCUUGUCACCUCGCUGGCCAUGACAGCCGACCUCAUUGGCCCUCACACGCACAGUGGAGCCUUCGUGUAUGGUGCUAUGAGCUUUUCGGAUAAGGUAGCCAACGGGCUGGCAGUCAUGGUCGUGCAGAGCCUGCAUCCCUGCCCUUCCGAGCUGUGCUGCGGGGCCUGCGUUGGCUUCUACCACUGGGUGAUGGUGGCCGUGACGGGCGGCGUGGGUGUGGCCGCGGCCCUGGCCCUCUGCAGCCUCCUCAUCUGGCCCAUCCGCAUUCGCGCCCGGGACCUCGGAGACCGGCCCUGACUUGGCUCCCCAGGGCAACUGGACGGAGGACCAGGCCGACACCCUACCCCCGCCCCCCACCUGCGUGGGGUCAGAGGGCACGGAGUGCGAGUGCGGGGUGAUACCUGGCCAAGCUCUCUGCGCCCUGGGUGCCCCGCCCCAGCCGUGGCCUCGGGCAGCCCUGGGACGGCCGGGAACCGGAGGACGGUCGCCGGCGAGGGAGGCGCAGGCAGGCGCGGGUCGGCAGGAGGGCUUUAUCAGAGCGCGGGCGUGAAGGCGGGGGGCGGCUGCCCGGUGGCGGGGCAGGGGCGCUCCCCGCCGCGCUGCCUGAAGUCCUGCGAGGUGUAGCGCGGCCGCUGUGGCGGCGACAGGUGGGGCACGUAGUUGGACCGCUUGGGCUGCUCCACCCCAAACUGGUUUCCUGCUGACCACUGCGGACACGACCGUGCUCAGAGGCCGGCACUGCGGGCCCCUGGGCAUGCUGGCCCCGCCCCGCCCGCCGCGGCCCCGCCCCCGCCGCGGCCCCGCCCCCGC